CACCCGCUAAAUCCGCCUCUCCCUCCGCCUCAGGCCCGGGGGCGAGCCGAGCUGCGGCCAGGCGCCGCUGCGGUGCUCCGCACCCUGCCGGGCCGGGCCGGGCCGAGGAGGCGGCCGGGAACUACCGGCCCCAGCAGGCCGCGGGGCCGCCGCUUCGGCGUGGGCCGGGCCGCGGGAGGGAGGCCGCCUCGGUGCCGGGCUGCGGGUGGCAAUCGAGGGCUGCUGGCCGGAGUGUGCACAAAAUGCCGCAGCACUGGGGCACGGCUCUUGCCCGAGUCAUCUUCUGCCUUGCAGGAGAGUUUCUCUUUGUAUGUCUCGAAGCAUGAACUGCAAUACAACUGCAACGGGAUUUGUUCCAGGGCUGUUCCCUCUCGCAGGGUGUAGAGCACAUCUCAUCUGUGGGCUUUGUGUUUUGUUUUGUUUGUUCUUUCCCCCCAGAUGAUGACCCCCAGUAUGGCCCAGCCAGCAGACACGAUGUUGCUGCAGGUGGUAUCGACCAUCAGUAAUUCGUCCUUGCUGCAGCCAGGCUGCUCCCUCCUGAACUUCAACGGGCACGUGUUCCUUUUUGGGCAGAAGGGAUGGCCCAAGAGGUCCUGUCCCACUGGUGUUUUUCUCCUUGAUGUGAAGCAGGACGAGCUCAAAAUGAAGCCUGCUACCUUCUCUAAGGACUCCUGUUACCUCCCGCCUCUCCGUUACCCUGCUCUUUGUACCCUCCGCGGCAGCGCGGAGUCCAACGAGUGCCAGUACAUCAUCCACGGUGGCAAAACACCUAACAAUGACCUUUCUGACAAGAUUUACAUUAUGAGUCUGGUGAGCAAAACCAGCAAGAAAGCUACUUUCCAGUGCGUCGAGAAAGACCUGGGCGGCGAUGUCCCUGAAGCUAGGUACGGGCACACAGUUAGCGUCGUUUACAGCCGGGGCAAGAGCGCGAGCGUCCUGUUCGGAGGGAGGACCUACACGCCUCUGGCACAGAGGACCACUGACAACUGGAACAGCGUGGUUGACUGCUUGCCAUCUGUGUUCCUCAUCGAUUUGGAGUUUGGAUGCUGCACAUCGUACGUGCUUCCAGAGCUUCAGGACGGGCUUGCCUUCCACGUUUCCCUUGCCAGAAAUGACACGGUCUACAUUUUGGGAGGCCAUUCGCUUCAGAGUAACGCCAGGGCCCCCAGCCUGUACAGGCUGAAAAUUGAUCUCCCUCUAGGUAGUCCAUCUGUGACCUGCUCCGUCCUGCCAGGGGGGAUAUCUGUAUCGAGUGCUAUAGUGACUCAGACCAGUGACACCGAGUUUGUCCUUGUAGGGGGCUACCAGUCUGAGCACCAGAAACGGCUGGUGUGUAACACCAUAGUUCUGGAGGAUGGUAGGAUAGAGAUUGUUGAAAGGGCGAGCCCAGACUGGACACCAGAUAUUAAACACUGCAAGAUCUGGUUUGGCUGUGAUAUGGGCCAAGGUUCUGUAUUGCUGGGCAUUCCAGGGGCCAGCAAACAAUUAGUCUCAGAUGCAAACUACUUCUACAUUUUGAGAUGCAAAGGAGCAGAAGAAGACAAGGAGGAAGAAGUGGCAGCACAGAUCUGCAGCCAGCCAGUGGCCGAAGACCCUGGAGACUCCACUCCAUUUGAAGAUUCGGAAGAGUUUUGCUUUAGUGCUGAGGCCAGUAGCUUUGAUGUUGAUGAAAAUGACACUUACAAUGAAGAUGAUGAAGAAGAUGAGUCAGAAACGGGCUACUGGAUCACCUGCUCUGCCAGUUGCAGUGUCGACAUUAACACCUGGGUCCCUUUCUAUUCGACAGAGCUCAACAAGCCUGCAAUGAUCCUGUGCUCCAGUGGGGCUGGUCAUUGGGUCCACGCGCAGUGCAUGGAUCUCUCAGAGAGCAUGCUCCUGCAUCUCUCAGAAGCUAAUGUCAAGUACUUCUGCAAUGAGCACGUUGACCUUAGCAAAGGCCUGCAAACCCCCAAAAAGCUGGUGCAGCUGAAAAAGCAACCCAUGAAGCCGCUGCGCAAAAGGGCAGCCAGGAAGUUAGCGGCACCGGUGAAAAAGUCCUUCCUCCGGAGGCUGUUCGAAUAGCUUCACAGUAUCACAGUAUCACCCUGCUGGGAGGGUCAUUUACUCACCUGGGAGGAAGGCAGCUACUAACA